UCAUAUCUGAAGGUGCCAAAAUUACUAUAUCGCCUAAUAAUUUGUGGGGUGAAAGUGAAAAUUCCGAUCAAGUCUCGUUGCAGCGCUCGCCCUUCUCAGUUUUCACCUUCCGAAAAUCUCACACAUGGUACGGGGCCGUUGUUCGGAUCAGAUGUCGAGCAGAUAAACACGGAUUAUUGGUUAUCUGCGCCUAAUUUUGGAUCCAAAGUUAGGAUUUUGACUUUGUUCCAAUCCCUGUUAGCAACUAGGUGUUUUCUAGUGGUCUUGAGAUUGUUUUAAGUUAGAAGAAAGUGGUGAUAUACUUAUUUUUAGCAUGGAGCCUCUCUGGAAGCUUGCAUAUUUACUCGAACCAUCUUCACUCACCCUCUUCAUCACAGCCAUAGGAGUGUCAUAUGCAUCUGCUUCUAGAGCUCUGAACUACGGAAAGGAAAUGGAGCGGAACCGUGAUAUGUCCGAAGCUUCCAUUACUCUAGAUAGCUCUCAGGCACUGAUGAUCCCGAUAAUGAGCUCUUGCAGCUUGCUCUUUAUGUUCUAUAUGUUUUCUUCUGUCUCUCAGCUACUGACUGCUUUUACAGCAGUUGCAUCUGCAUCUUCCUUAUACUUUUGCCUUUUGCCAUAUACUGCUCAAGUCAAGUCGCACUUUGGUCUGCCUGACCCGUAUGUAUCUCGGUGCUGUGCCAAGUCGCUCACGAGAAUCCAAACCGUCCUGUUAUUGGUUUGUGUUGCUUUAGUUGUGGUGUGGCUGGUCACGGGGCACUGGAUUUUGAACAAUCUGUUGGGGAUAUCUCUUUGUAUUGCUUUUGUCAGCCAUGUUCGACUUCCGAAUAUCAAGAUAUGCGCGAUGCUCCUUGCCUGUUUGUUUGUGUAUGAUGUGUUCUGGGUUUUCUAUUCAGAGAGAUUCUUUGGGGCAAACGUUAUGGUAUCGGUUGCAACGCAACAGGCGUCUAAUCCAGUACACACAGUAGCUAAUAGUUUGAAUCUUCCUGGCUUACAGCUAAUAACAAGAAAGCUUGAGUUGCCUGUCAAGAUUGUGUUCCCCAGGAAUAUGUUCGGCAGUGCGGUACCUGGAAAUAAUACUUCGGACUACAUGAUGCUUGGUCUCGGUGACAUGGCUAUCCCCUCAAUGCUUUUGGCAUUAGUUCUCUGUUUCGAUCACCAAAAGGGUCGGAAUCCAAAAACUGCCUUGGAUACAUUUCCUUCAAAGGGAUUCAAGUACUUUUGGCAUGCUCUUGCUGGGUAUGGUGUUGGACUGUUUGCUGCCUUGGCAGCUGGCAUCUUGACACGCUCACCUCAGCCAGCGCUUUUGUAUCUGGUACCUUGUACAUUGGGGCCAAUCAUCGUCCUUUCUUGGAUGAAUAAGGAUCUAGCAGAGUUGUGGGAGGGCACAGCGGGAGAUCCAAACGAGAAAGCGCAUCUCACGGGAGUAUGAGAGGUAGAUCAGCCCCCGGGCUAGAGUUUCGAGGCUACAAAAGUUGAAGAAGAGGGAAAAUUUAGGACUAGAAGUUUAUUUCUUACCCAUGUCAAUAGUAUCAUACGCCAUGAGAAGGGCUAAAAUUGCAUUGAAAUUACCUUCAAAUUGCUCCAUGGAAGAACUUAUGCUGUCUUUAUUCUCUUAUGAGAUGCUGGUGCUGGAAGCUUUAAAUCAAAAUAUAUAGAAAACUCUUAUUUAUUGUGUUUAA